AUGUACCGACGCCGGCGUCUUCCGGCAGACGAGAUCGUCGGCAGCAUUCGAGGGUUCGACCCCACGAAGGACUUCACCUACACCAAAGCCAGGGUGCGGAUCGAGGAGCACAUUCGCAUCGGCACGAAUCAAAAGUCUCAGAUCUUUGGUCUCAGCAUCGUGAAGGCUCCGUUGGAUGAGCGUCCGGCAACCGAACAGCAGUCCCUCUACCACCCUGUCGGAUCUGGCCAGCCCAUCACCUGGAACCUCGUCGGCAAGGCGGUCGAUGCGGAAUACGCCUCGAGCGGUUCCAUGGGAGUUAAACAGAUUGAAGAAGCGGCUGACGGGCGUUUCUACGGCACUUGGGUCAUGGAGAUUGACGACGGAUUUGAUGGUGAGGGUCUCCAGGUGAAAAGAUACGUCUGUGUCUUGCUCCUUGAGUACAUUCACGGCUACUCCAUCGAUGAGCUCUGUUAUCGCAGUGAGGAGGACGAGGGCUACUUUGGCAAGGUGGCCGGCUUCCAACGGGUCGACAACACCUGGACCAAUGUCUGGAUGGAUGAACCGACUCGAGCGCUCGUCAUCAAGAAGAUGCUUCACGGCGUCGUUGUCGGCAUGCACCACGGCGUCCAACACCACGAAGCCAACCCGGAGAACGUCUUCAUGACUCUGCGGGACGGCACCAACAACACCGACCUGGACGAGCCUCGUGUGGUUCUCCUCGAUCACACCGCUACCCAGGUCUGGCGCAAGACCGUCGAUUCACAUUUCUACGGAAGAACACACUGUCUUGAGAAGCUCCCGUACCCUCUUCAUCCCAAGCAGGGUUGUAGCGUGGUGGCACUCGAGGACUACGUAGGGUGGUGGCCUCCGGCUCCCGAGGACCGUCCUGGUGAAGACUUGAAUGAGAUGUUUGACGCAUGGAUGCUCAGCGAGGACGUGUUUGGUCCGUUGGAAGAGGCGCGCGAUGUUGAAGCGGGCUUGCAAGGGCAGGAGUGGCCGCACAAGUACGCAAAGUACUCCACAUUCGAUACGCUGGACGUUAUCGAGGCGCAGGAGCCUCGGGAGAUGAGGAAGAAGGCGAUACGCGAGGUGAUUAUCCCCAAGGUCCUUUCGUACUUGCGCAUGAUGAAAGAUGAAGGUCGGGCGGAGCUUGAAGAUCAGGAGAAGAUUUCUGAAGAGAGCGAUGACGAGUCUUUCGAAGACAGUAGUUCGUCUCUUGAGGAGUAUACUAGACAUCUUCAAGGGAGGAACGAGUUUCUCGAACAGCACAUCAAAUCCCUCGAAGAGAGAUACGAAGCUCUCGAGAAGGGAAACAGACUUCUUGAGGAGAAGCUUGAGGCGCUCAGUCCAGAAGAGUCUUCCGCGAGCUCACGGCGUUCCUUGUCUAAUUCCCAGCCUCCGCGAAACCAACAGCCUCAACCUGAGCAAAUUCCCCGCCGCCCAGCCGAGCCGUCUUUUAGCCCCAAAGCUCUGUACGACGAAUUUCUCUCUUCCAUCGGUAUAGACAGUUCGAUGCAUCCGUUUACACCACCCAGUUCCUCUCCUAGUCCUCUUCAGGAUAGAGCAUCAGUAGAAGGAUCAUCUAGUUUUGGCGAAAGCCCUAGUCCUCCCUCAGCUAUUAGAAGAGGUGGAAAUCGCAGCAAGAAGUCAGUUCAAUGGCAGGACAUGGAAGGGGAAGUAGAAGUAGAGAAGGAAACAGAUGGUUUGGUGCGAUGUGAGCAGGUAGCCGCAGCACACUAG